UCCUGGCCGGCGCCGCAGCCAUGUGACCCUGCAGCGGCGGGGACGGGACGGGACGACUUGGACGGGCACCGGGGGCCGUGGGCCGUGGGCCGGGGCCCGGGUGUGGGCGGCAUGGAGCGGAGGUGGGUCUUCGUGCUGCUGGACGUGCUGUGCGUGCUGGUCGCCUCUCUGCCAUUCGUCAUCCUGACCCUGGUGAACACCCCGUACAAGCGGGGGUUCUACUGCGGCGAUGACUCCAUCCGCUACCCCUACCGCCCGGACACCAUCACCCACGGGGUCAUGGCCGGGGUCAUCAUCACAGCCACUGUCCUCCUCGUGUCAGCCGGUGAGGCUUACCUGGUGUACACCGACCGCCUCUACUCCCGCUCCGACUUCAACAACUACGUGGCUGCUGUCUACAAGGUGCUGGGGACCUUCUUGUUUGGGGCAGCUGUGAGCCAAUCACUGACCGACCUGGCCAAGUACAUGAUCGGUCGUCUGCGUCCCAACUUCCUGGCUGUCUGUGACCCCGACUGGAGCCGGGUCAACUGCUCAGCCUAUGUGCAGCUGGACAGAGUGUGCAGGGGGAGUGCGGCCAAUGUCACCGAGGCCAGGCUGUCUUUCUAUUCUGGACACUCUUCCUUCGGCAUGUACUGCAUGGUGUUCUUGGCGCUGUACGUGCAGGCGCGGCUCUGCUGGAAGUGGGCACGGCUGCUGCGGCCCACAGUUCAGUUCUUCCUGGUGGCCUUUGCCCUCUAUGUGGGGUACACCCGCGUGUCUGACCACAAGCACCACUGGAGUGAUGUGUUCGUCGGCCUCCUGCAGGGGGCGCUGGUGGCGGGCCUCACUGUCCACUACGUCUCGGACUUCUUCAAACCCCGGCCCCCGCCAGCCUGCCAGGACGUGGAGGAGGUGGAACGCAAACCCAGCCUGUCGCUGACGCUGACCCUCGGCGAGGCUGAGUCCAGCCGUUAUGGGUACCCGGCCUCUUCCUGACCUGAGAUGCUAGGUGGCCAUCUGCAGGACUGUCCUCUGGCCCCCAGUUCCUGGAUAGGACUCAGCGUCUUGAGCUGACUGCAGUGGCAGUGGGUGCUGGCCCAGAGGUCUUGGGGUGCCUGGCCAGCCCUGUGCCUUCAGGGAGGCCUGUCCUCAGUUCCUUUAAUGCCCCUCUUUUUUUUUUCCUUUGUGGGUGAAGGAAGGCCCUGAUGGGGCGAUGGAUGCUGCUUCUGCAGGACGUGGGGUGUACGUGGGGUUGUACUGCAACUAGUUCACUGAGCCUCUCAGAGCACCUGCACUGCUCCGAGGGGAGUGCUCAUUGCAGAGUGGACUGGCCUUGGCCCUGCCCCUCCAUCUGCUCUAUGGGUCAGUGGAGUCAGGUCACUCACUGGGUGGGUCAGCUGUGCCCCACCCCCCACCCCCACUCCCUUGAGGGUGCACAGUGGCCCUGGGGCUGCCCUGGCUUUGGUGGUUCAGGUUGUGGGGUGCAGGUGGAGACACAGAUGCUGUUCUGCCCAGCCGGGCUCUGGGCCUUGGAGUCCAGGGUCGGCUGGAAGAGCCAUAGGUGGGAUCCUUCCCCUCUGACCGCUCUCGGUCCUCGCCGACCAUCCACACACCUGCCUCUGAGGCCUCUGAACGUCCCGCGUGGUGUGGGCAGACCCUCUCAGCUGCUCCCCAGAUGGGCCACUCAGACUGUAGACCCUGGGGCUCAGACCCUGAAGGAAGCCUGGGCUGUCCUUUGCUGGUGGUCAGUGGGACUCAGAGCUGCUGCCUGGGGCCCGUGCCCCGAGUCCUGACUCUCCUGGCUACACACAGGCCCACGUGCAUGCCCAAGGCUUCUGAGGUGGGUCACUGCGGGCCAGUGGCCUCUGUCUGUCAGCCCGUUCAGAGGUUACCUUUUCAAAAACAGGAGGGGAGAGUCAUAAAGUUUUUUUUUUUAAUCAAAUACCUUUGUGAUGGGUCAUUUGUUGUUGCUUUUAAAUUUUUUGCUGCUAGUUUAUUUGUACCCCGAACCUGGCUUUAUUUCUUGCUCCCCUGUGGUGUGCCCAUGUUAGGACUUAGUGGAGAGAUGUGCAGAUGUUUGAUGCCCACAGCACUGGGGCACAGAGAGAGAGAGAUGUCCACAGCCCCCACGACCUUCCCCGGGUGUCCUGGUGGGUGAGCCAGGCACUGCAGGAUGCUGAGCGGGUCAGGCAAGUCCCUGACGGGGAGAAGCCUCGAAGUGCCAAGGCACAGGAUCUGGUCUCAGCAAAGAGGUGGGUGCACCCUGUCUAGCUUAGAAUGUGAGCUGUGUGGAGCACAGAGAGGCUUCCUGAAGAGCCUUCAGUUCUUCAGAUUAGGGGUCUCAUGGGGGGGGGGGGUCACCAGGGCUCCUGACACCAUUACCAGAGACGCUUGCAAACCAGCAAACAGUCAGCUUGCAAACUCAGCGAGGCUCCAGGGGCUUCCUUCUGGACUCAGACUGGAUUUCCAACAACAGAAACAGUUUAAUUCCCUGCCUGCCAGCAUCCUUCACAAAGCCUUCUGCCCCAGGUCCCUCCCACGACCCACCCGAAGAGAAAAUGGACUUAACCUGAUCCAAAGGAGGAAAGAGUCUUUUCUAGAACAAGAAGGGUGUGUGUGUGUGAACUGACAGAUCCCUGCUUGUCCAAACUUGAGUUGUGGGCUCCCGAAUUUCUCUCCUAGGCCUGGCUGUGCUCUUGGAAAAUCUGGUGUGACCAAAGAACUCCCAUUGGUUCAGAAGCAACAAUAGCCCCAUGUCUGAUCAUUGCCUGUUUCGCACCACUGCCACCCCACAGGGGAGCCAAAAAAAAAAAAAAAGUCUCUGCCUAGGCUUUAGAUAUUGCUAUAUAUUUCUUUUCUACUUUUGCUUGUCCUGGGGCUUGAACUCAG